UCAAUGUUUAAUGGAGCCUAGGAACUAUCACGCAAGAAAGAAAGCUUCUGGCUCUUCUCGACCUCCCAAUACUUAUGUUAUACCCACUGGGACAUUACAAGGCACAGCAUCAUCAUUGCAGCAACCUCUCGCCACUGCUACGGCAACUGGCACGUCGUCACAUCCUGAUAUCAUCAUAACUCGGGCCGGAUGGUGGACUCUCUUUUCAACACACAGACUCUCAAUUCCCUUCACAAAGCGGCCCCCACUCCUCAGAACCGCAGACAAGGUCAGUUCUUCGUCGCUUAUUCCACCGCAGCCCCUCCGAUGCCCAAGAUACGGUCAACGUUAGGUACAUCUUGGACAUUCCUGUAUAGCACGAUUCAUGGUAUAUUCGUUGUGACUCAGUCCGUAGCCAGUAGUCAGUUCUUGUGUGGACGGCUGUAUGCCGCAACCGGUGCAGUGAAUAUGAACCAAGCCUUCUUUACUGA